AUGCGGAGAUCGAAGGGAUCAGGGCGGCGGCGAGCUGCAGACGAGCGGAAGCUCAUCCGGAUGGCGGACGAGGCGGCCGCAGCGAGCUCGAUGCAAGCGGCAGCGGCGGCGGCGCUGGCCUCCCUCCACCUCCCUCCUCCAGGACUGACAGAAACUGACAACCAAGAUCGGAAAAAUUUCGGGAGAGGAGCACGGAUAAAGCGCAAGGCGAAGCGGAAGUGGGGCUUCGUUGGCGGUGAAGCGGGCGCGGUGGACUCUGGCGGGCUGCGUCCCCGUCUUAGUCAUCGCCGGUCGACCUGCAGGGGAGGAGUUGGAUCCAUGGAUGAAGUAUUACAUGGUGAAGUGGGCAUCAGGAGCCGUUUCAGUGCUGGGAGGAUUCGAGAGAUCAUGCGUGGUCUGACACCCCGGCAGCAGGGGUAUGUUGCAAAGUAUGGAUUCGAGCAUUUCAAUCGUAUCGGGGCAUUCUCUGUUCAUGAGCCACUGACUGAGUGGAUCAUGGGAAAAAUUAACCCCCCGUUCUCUGAGUUCAGAAUUAAUGCGGACAAGACAAUAGUUUUCAGCAAGCCCCUUGUUCAGAAAAUUCUAGGUGUACCUACAGGGGGAAGACCCUUUGUACUGCAUGGUCAGAAGUCGGACAAAAUCAAAGAACUGCGAGAUCUGUACUUAAAUAAUGGACUAAGGGCAACCAUCCCCCAUUGUGUCAGUUUGCUUAAGAACAACGAGGAUGAGGAAUCCUUCAUGAGGACAUUCCUGCUUAUUGCACUGGCGGCAGUGCUCACCCCCACCACUGGGAAUACAAUAGACCUUGACUACCUGUGGGCCUUUGAAGAUAUGUCAAAGGUGCAUGACCUUGACUGGGCAGGCCAUAUCACGGAGCAUCUGAUGGACGAGGUCCAGAAAUUUCAGUACAAAUCUAGGGAGGAAAAGAUGAGAGACUUCUGGGUUGGUGGGUGCUUGCCUUUGCUCACGAUCGCUUACAUGGACCACUUGGAUCUCCCAAGAGGGCGAAUUGUAGACCAUGAAAUUAACUACUCGGUGCCCAGGAUCUGCCAUGUUUCUAAGGAUGAUUUCCAGUUUGCCGCAAUUGCUGACCUGCAUCGUCAACAUUUCAAGUUUGCCACAUUUGGGAUACUUCCAUUCCGUGAUAGAACACCAUACGCUGAUAAUCCAGUAACCGAUACAGAAGUAGCAGCAGAUGAUCUUCAUAUUCUCUCGAAUGAUCAAGUCUUAUCAGGGCAAUGGGAACUUGUAGAAGUACACGAGCAAAAAAUAGACGAACUUGUAAAAGAAACUCAACCUGAAGCCCUUGGGUUUGCAGAAGCGAGCAUCGAUCAUUUCCGUCUUGGAAGAACUGAUAUCGGCUCAAAUCAAGGAACUAAAAAAACAGCUAGCUGCGAAAGGGGCAGUUCUAGCCAUUGUAGGAAUACUGCAAAGGCGGCUGUGACACCCUCUUCGUCUGAGAAAUCAGUAGAAGACAGUGCUCGAGAAUAUGAAUCUUCAGAGUCAGAUGAUCACCCGACACCUCCAGAAGCUGAUUAUGGGGUAAUAUUCAGGAGUUAUCUAUCUGGAACACAAAUGGAGAGAGUAAACAUGCUUAUCCACAAAAUUAAACCUGAAACUACUGUAUUCGUGGCUACCAUGAGGAAGUGCGAUGUUCAGCUACCUACUCCUCUUCUGAUCAUUUCGAAGGAACGCUCAUUAGCCGCAGCUGCACACUUUCCGCAUGAAAACGGGGCCGUCACACUUCAGAUGCCGGGCAAGAGCGAGAAGUGGAGGCCAAGAUUCUUCAUAGAAAAAGACAAUUGCAUGCUUGCGGGUAAUUGGUUAGACUUUGUAUGUGACAACCAAGUGCAGGUGGGCGACAUAUGCAUCUUUGUACCGGCAAAGGGUGGGGAAAGGUCCACUUUCACGGUCCAUAUAAUUCGUGCAGAAGUUACUCAUCGUAGGGGUGUUAAAAGGGUUCGCUCCAGCCUUGAUUCUCCGGUUGGCGUGGAAGGAAUGGCAAAUCCAGAUGCCGUUUAG